AUGUUGGUAAAUCUAGACAUCGAUGAUUUCAUAACAGAAACAAUCGGAAGAGCUCAUAGUUUGCUGGUAGAGAUCGAAAGAACUGAGAAUUCUUAUGGAGUUUAUAGCUCGAGCGUGCAACAAGAUGGUAGAUGUGGAAGGCCCUCGUACGUGAGAAGCAAGGGACAGCUCUCAUAUUUAAUUGAACAAGGUUUUAAAUUGCAAGAGAUUGCUACUAUGCUUGAUGUAAGUUGCAGAACAGUUAAGAGAAGAAUGAUGUCAUAUGGACUCAGUGUGUCAGGUACAUACUAUUAUUUAUGAUAAACGAUGGCAAUUACAUUAUACAUGUAUUUGUCUUCAUAUCAAGCGAUUAUUCCACAAUAGCAGUGAAAUCCCCUUUCUGUCCGGUGGUCUUUAUAGGACCAUGGAUAAUAAAGUGUUUUUUUAAAUAAUUAUGAUACUGAUACUGGUAUUGGCAAGAUUUCCAUAUAACCCCAUACAUUUAUUAUGCAUGCAGCAGUCUCGUACUCCUUCAUACAACAAGUUUAUAACAAUAUAGUUAAAACAUGCAUGCACAAUAAAUGAGUGGGGUUAUACGGAAAUCUUACUUAUACUGUCUGAUCAUGCUAGGGACAUACAGUACCAUUGAUGACAAUCAGCCUGAUGAACUUACUAGAUAA